AUGUCAGGGUUACUUGGAUUUAUUAAUCGGAAUUGGGUUCUUGUGGCUGGACCGACGCCUGUUCCCAAGAGCGACAAUGCUCUCAAGUUUGGAAUCCUCGGUGCUGCCAAUAUUGCGCCUAUGGCAUUAAUUGGGCCAGCCCAGACUCACGCUGGAGUGGUGAUACAGGCCGUCGCUGCAAGAGAUAAAAAGAAGGCUAUAGCUUAUGCCAAGAAACACGGGAUUCCGCAGGUCAUGGAUAGCUACCAAGGCAUGCAAAUCUACCCUAGGUCUCCCAGGACAAUCCUCGAUGACCCUUCUAUCGAUUGUGUUUACAACCCUCUGCCAAACGGCUUGCACUACGAGUGGACGCUUCGCGCGCUCGCGGCAGGCAAGCAUGUCCUGCUAGAGAAGCCAUCGACGGCGACGGCGGAGGAGGCCGAGAUACUCUUCAACCACCCGCUGCUGCAACAGAAACCCAAGGCCCCCGUGCUCAUGGAGGCCGUCCACUACAGGCUGCAUCCGGCAUGGUCGCUGUUCAUAUCGUUCGUCGACCCGCCCAACGUCGUGCACGCUCAGGCCAUAACCAAGUUCCCGCGAUUUCUGUUUCCCGACGACGACAUCCGGUUCACGUACUCGCUCGGGGGCGGGACGACGCUCGACCUGGGCACAUACGGCGCGUCGGCGGUCCGCGUCAUCUUUGGUGGUGCGCUGCCCGAGGAGUGCACCGCCGCGCACAUGAAGCCGUGUCCGGCGCCGCGUGAAAAAUGCGACGAGGCGGUCAAGGCGACCUUUCGCUUCGCCAACGGCGGCACGGCCGACAUCGAGGCCACGCUGCGCGGGUCGCUGGCCGACCUCGUCGACAUCUCGCCGCGGGUUUGGGCGACCCACCGACCCGUCGAGGUGCCGGACGCUGCCCUGCCCGAGAACCAGGAGAAGAUCAGGACGCGCAAGGUCUACAUGACAAACUUUAUGGGUCCGUCAAUAUGGCACCGCAUCGACGUCGAGGACGUCUACGUGAUCCGGGAAAAGGCUCCCGGUGGGAUCGAGGGCCCGCACGACGAGAGCAGGCGGACCGUCAAGAGCUGGACUGAGAAGAAAAGCGUCAAGGGCUACACCUGGGCGGACGUGGGUGUUGAGGGGAGAGGGGAUUCGCCUCAGUGGAUGACGUAUCGGCAUAUGCUUGAUCAGUCAUCAGCCCCGCCGACGCGAUACGCAAUGCCGCACGAGGUCCUGAUUGGAAGCGAUUGCUUCACUGCCCCAGAGGCAGACAAGCUCGUGGACCUGUGCAACAAGAAGAGCGGCGCAGUCGUCAAGUUCAUCCACGGACAAAGGGUAUACUAUGUCAACUUGAAGAACCCCAAGGGUGACGGCAAUGUUCUCGCCAAAGUUGCUCGUCUGCUUCAAGUCGCCGAUGGGUCGCCCGCAGCCCCGAUCAGCCACGAUGGAGAGCAUAUCGAACUAUAUAUUACCCCUCGCGGAAUCAGCCCUUGGUCCUCGCAGGCCACAGUCAUAUCGCACGUUUGCGGCCUGAAAGACGAGGUCGAACGCAUCGAACGUGGUCGCAUCGUUAAGGUCGGACUUGCCGACCCCGCGAACGCCAAUGACAGCCUAGAGUUCCGCGAUGUCAUCUACGACCGAAUGACCGAAAACCUGGCGCGGGAGCCGCCAUCACUGGAAGAAAUGUUUGGUGAGGGAGAACGGUCCCCAUUGGUUACGAUCAACAUCUUCACCGAGGGCGGCGAUCCCCUUGAGGUUCUCAAGGCAUGCAAUCAGAAGAUGGGUCUGGCUCUUGAUCAGUCGGAGAUGGAGCAUCUGGUCGCCCAGUACACCAGACUUGAGCGUCCCCCUACAGAUGUCGAGCUCUUCAUGUUUGCCCAGGUCAACUCGGAGCAUUGUCGACACAAGGUCUUCAACGCCAGCUGGGUCAUCGAUGGCAAGAACGAGGAUACCAGUUUGUUCCAGAUGAUCAAGUAUACCCACCAACAAACCCCUGACUUUACCGUAUCGGCUUAUUCCGAUAACGCUGCUGUCCUUGAGGGUAACAUGGCCAACUACUGGUCCCCUGACUACGAAACUGGAGUUUGGAAGGCCGCCAAGGAGCUGCAGCACUUUGUCAUCAAGGCCGAAACACACAACCAUCCCACUGCCAUCUCGCCCUUUCCAGGUGCCGCCACUGGCGCAGGCGGUGAGAUCAGAGACGAGGGCGCAGUCGGUCGGGGAUCUGCGCCCAAGAUGGGCUUGUGCGGCUUCUUUGUCUCAGACCUGAACAUACCAGGAGCAGUCCGGCCGUGGGAGGUGGACAUCGGAAAGCCUCACCACUAUGCAAGCAGCCUGGAUAUCAUGCUGGAGGGCCCAAUUGGAAGCGCUAGAUUCUCCAAUGAGUUUGGCAGGGCGUGCCUCACUGGGUGCUUCAGGACUAUGCUCCUCAACACUGCCGGCGAAGGUGAGACCCCGGAGUGGAGAGGUUACCACAAGCCCAUCAUGCUGGCAGGUGGUCUGGGAACCUGCAGGCCCCAGCUUGCUCUCAAGGAACCCACUAUUGUCAAGGAGAACGCCUGUGCGAUAGUGUUAGGUGGGCCGGCCAUGUUGAUUGGUCUUGGAGGUGGCGCCGCGUCCAGCAGCGCAUCAGGCGAGGCUAGCGCCGAGUUGGACUUCAACAGUGUGCAACGCGGUAACCCUGAGAUGGAGCGCCGCGCCCAGAUGGUCAUUGACGCCUGCAACUCGUUCGGCAAUGACAGUCCGAUUGCAUUCAUUCAUGACGUCGGUGCUGGAGGUUUGUCCAAUGCGCUGCCGGAGCUUGUGCGGGACGCAGGCUUCGGAGGCAAGUUUGAGCUGCGUCAAGUCGAUUGCGUUGACAACAAGAUGUCGCCAUUGGAGAUCUGGGCCAACGAGUCGCAGGAGCGCUACGUAUUGUUGGUUAACCCUGAGAACCUGAACAGAUUCACCAGAAUCUGCCAACGAGAGAGGUGCCCCUUUGCCACAGUCGGUACCGUGCUGCCCAAGGACUCCAACGGGCAGGCAAAACUGAUCUUAAGCGACCGCGAUUCCGCCGAAAACCCGUUCCCCAUCGAUCUUCCCAUGGACGCGCUUUUCCCGCCAGGACGCAAGCAGACUCGCAAGGACGACACUGUCAAGAGGAACCUUGCCAAAUUCGAUUCUGCGGCAAGCCUGGAAGAGAAGUAUGGUUCCAUGAAGACCGGAGAGGCAAUCGCCAAGGCAACCGAGCUCGUCUUCAAGUUGGCAGCCGUUGGCUCGAAGAUGUUCCUCAUUACUAUUGGUGACCGCACCGUUGGUGGCUUGACUGCCCGGGACCAGCUUGUUGGACCAUGGCAGACACCUCUUGCUGAUGUCGGUGUGGUUCUCACCUCGUUCUCCACCAGCGACAAGACGAGAUAUGGAAACGCGGAGGCAAUGGGUGAGAGAACGCCGCUGGCUCUGAUCUCGCCCGCUGCUUCGGCCCGCAUGGCCGUCGCUGAGAGCUUGAUGAAUCUGUGCGCAGCAGAUAUCCAAGUGGAUGCCGACACAAGGGGUGAUCUCAGGCGGGUGAAGCUCUCGGCGAACUGGAUGGCAGCUGUCAACACCGAAGGCGAGGGCGCCGCACUCUACGAGGCAGUCAGGGGUAUUACCAUGGACUUCUGCUCAAAACUCCGCGUUUCAAUCCCUGUCGGCAAGGACUCAACAUCGAUGAAGGCAUCAUGGACCGACAAGCAAACCGGCGACUCCAAGAGCGUGACUGCCCCUGUGUCGCUCAUCAUCUCUGCCUUUGCGCCUGUGGAAGACGUACGAAGGACUUGGACGCCACAGCUUCGCCGCGUCGAGGAGGUUGGAGAGUCGGUGCUGUUGUUUGUCGACCUCUCCGAGGGCCACCAAGCCAUGGGCGGCUCAGCAUUGGCGCACACCCUGGGUAAAUUGGGAGAUGAGGCUCCUGAUGCUCGCUCUACCAAGAUGCUCCUUGACUUCUUUGAUGCGGUGAACCAGCUCCACGAAGAUGGCUGUGUACUAUCCUACCACGAUCGAUCCGACGGAGGUCUUCUCACCACGGUAGCUGAGAUGAUGUUUGCCGGAAGGUGUGGAGUCGACAUUGAGAUUGAUGACCUCGUGAAAUCGGGAUCUACCAAGGACAUUCUUGAUGCGCUGUUCAACGAGGAACUCGGCGCUGUAUUCCAGGUCCGCAAAUCUCACGAGAAGCGGUUCAAGGAGUGCUUUGCCACGUGUGGGCCGCCCAAGGGCCUCAUCAAGAAGAUUGGUUAUGCGCGCUCAGCUCCGAACCAGUCUCUGACAAUCAAAUACAGUGGCUCUGAACUGAUCAGCCUUGAUAGGGCUGAAGUGCAGCAGUGGUGGUCAAGCACGUCCUAUGAGAUGCAGAAGCUCAGAGACAACCCAGCCUGCGCCGAAGCUGAGUUCGCCACUAUUGCCGACUCAAAGGAUCCUGGAUUGUCUUACAAACUGACCUACAACCCAGCCGAGGUCAACAUCAUGCCAAUGAUGGCCAGCCUGAAAGGCCUGGUUACAUCCCGCCCCAAGGUAGCAGUGUUGAGGGAGCAGGGUGUCAAUGGGCACGCCGAAAUGGCUUUUGCCUUCUCGGCUGCUGGCUUCGAUGCAGUUGAUGUACACAUGUCAGACAUUAUCGGUGGCCACUCGCUACAGGAAUAUGCCGGUCUGGCCGCCUGUGGAGGAUUUAGCUUCGGUGAUACGCUUGGAGCCGGUCAGGGAUGGGCCCAAUCCAUUCUCACAAACGAGUCUGCCAGACAAACAUUCCAGGACUUCUUUAAGCGACCUGAUACAUUUGCUCUUGGUGUCUGCAACGGCUGCCAGAUGCUUUCGACUAUCAAAGAGCUCAUCCCCGGUACUCAAAACUGGCCCAAGUUCGUUGACAACGCCUCAGAACAGUUCGAGGCUCGUUACUCCAUGGUCAAGGUUGACUUUGGAAAGUCGUCGGUGUUCUUUGACGGUAUGUCGGGAUCUAGACUUCCCAUUGUGGUGUCACACGGAGAGGGUAGGGCUAUGUUCGCGGAGGAAUCGGCGAUGCACUCGCUCGCCAACGCAGGUCUCAUCCCGCUCAAGUACACCGACAACUAUGGUGAGGUGACGGAGAAAUACCCAUUCUCGCCCAAUGGCAGCCCCAUUGGAAUCGCGGGUGUAAGCAGUCCUGAUGGCCGGUUCGUGGCUAUGAUGCCGCAUCCCGAGCGGACCAUUAUGGCCGAUGCGUGCAGCUGGGCUCCAAGGGAACAGCUCGACCAGUGGGGUCAGUAUGGACCGUGGUUCAGGAUGUUCUUGAACGCGAGAAAGUGGGUUGGUUGA